AUGAAGAGUAAACAUCCAUGCUCAGUUUGUUUGGUUCCCCUUGAGGAUUUAUCCCAGCUUGCCAAAUCAUUUCCAACGCAUACCAUAAGACAGGCAAAAGAAGCCCUUGCCAUCUAUCAGGAAAAGAAGUCAGCUGGUGAACUGAUCCUCAAAGCCCUUGGGCCUCAGCUGGUUGUGAAUGUUUUCUGGAAGGUUGAGAACUCGGAGCUGGAGGAAGCUGUGAGCUUCGACUGCCUCCAUGCUCUGCAUGACAGUCUUUUUGGGCACCACUUACUUGAAGAACUCAAGAUUCUUUUAAGCAAAUUACCACGUAAGCUUGCAGCAUUUCCAAGUUGGCGAGGUUUGGCACACUUCAAUGGCAUCCUACAUGUAAGCUAUGCUGAUGGGAACAAACUCCGAGAUCUCGUGCAGCAAACCUUCUAUGCUGCUUUGAAUAUUCUGACAAAUGAUGUAAGCUGUGAAGGCUACCAGCUCCUACGGAUGCUCCGCAGCUACUUAGAAUUGGACAGUCUCAUUGGGCUGGAUGUGCACACUGACAAGACCCUUGAAUUGAUAGAGAGGGAGCAGUUGGUUUUCAGGAGUGAGCUAAAGGCAUAUGUCUCCUGUGUGGCUAAUGGUGAGCUAGCAGAACACCUCAAAAUGGAGUGGAAUUUUCCAAAGGUCCAUCUUUGGAAACAUGUUGUGUGGGACAUUCGGAAUAAAGGAGCAGCCCGUAACUACAGCACUCGGCCCAAUGAGAAAAUGCACGGCUCACUUAAAGAUGCAUAUCAGGACUGCUCAAAUGGUAAGGACAUUGCCAUUCAUGUCCUUCAUGUCGACCACCACCACUUAGCCAUGAAACUAAUUAGGAACCAGGUGGAUGCUGAAGCCAAUCAUACACAGCAAGAUCAUGAUGAUGAUGAUAUUGAUGGCGGGGGUGAUGAGGAUGUCCUCAUGAGUUUCAGUGAGCACAUUAAGCUCAGUUCACCAUGGUCACCAAAGAGCAUUCAAUCGAUCAUUUGUGAUCAUGCUUCACAGCAAGAAUUCCAAGGUUUCCAUCAGAAGUUUACUCGGUUUGUCAAUCAGUGCCUUCCUAUCUACCUCAAUCGUGACCAGAAUUCUUGGAAAAAUAUCUUGUUUGCCAAAACAUUCCAGUUGCAGGAACAUGCUUACCUCAAGUUUCCAGUGAUGUCCAAGGAUUUUACUCUAGAUAUCGAUGCUGUGGGCCAUGAUAGCCUUGACGAGAAUACCAAUAAUGAUGAGGAUGUCCUGCAUGCAGCAAACCAUGGGGCAGCCAGAGGUGCAGGUGCUAACUUGGACAGGGAACUCGAUGAGGUGCGAAGGGUUAUGGCUACCCCUGCACUGGAUGCAAGCCCUGCUGAGUUGCGCCAGGCACUGGGCCAAGCGCAGGUCUCCUUUAAUCGCCUACGAGAGGAACUAAUAAAGACAAGGAAUGAGCUAAAUGAAUUUAAGGCUAAGGUAGCACCCAGAGCACGAUCCCGGGCCCUCAAGUCGAUCGCUCAAGGCCCGCUGGAUGCCACCAUCAUCACCCUAGCAAAGAAGUAUGCUUACUUUUAUCACUUAUGGGUCCCUAGCAGCAUCUUCCCUCUUCGUGCGUGCCCUCCCAACUUUGAUUUACACGAUCUGAUACAUUAUCAAACUCCUGAGUCCAAGGCCAUUGCUAAUGGUGCUGAACUUUACCUUAUGGUUCCCCCUGAGCUUCGGGCUCAGACUAUGAAGUAUGAACACUUCGAGCAACUUUUCACAUCUACGGUGAAUGGUGAACAUGGCAACAUUCUUAAACCUGUCAAGGACUCCGUCACACAACUCUUCACUCAUUUGAGUCCAGGACUGGAUCCAGUGGCACUCAGCAACUGGAGAAAGAGAAUGGACAAUCCUGCCUUUUUGUCACUCCUCAAGCGAAACCCAGCAAACCAUGAUGAGGCGUAUACACCACUCGCACUGAUCCUUUUUGAAGACCUGUCAGCAAUGAAUGUCUCUGGCCUCUUCAAAAACAAGGCACUCACUCAAGCCCGCUUCCUGCUCUCUGGGGAUGAUGAAUUCUCAUCUACUGGUAGUCAAACCAGAAUUUCAUACGAGAAGGACUUCAAAUUCUAUAUAGAGCUGCUCCAAAAACAGGAGAACAAGAAGUGGGCUUUGGGGAUCUUUGAGCACUUUGAUAAUGCUGUCUUUGGUGCAAACCGAUGUGAUGGAUCCCAACAACCACCUCCUGAAGCUGAAGAUUCUGUUGAGGUGCCAAGAAGCUGGGAAGAUGAUAUCUUGGCACAACUUGGAAGUGUUGGCAGGACUGCAGAGGUAAAAUUGAACCCUCCCACUGUCCCUGUCACCAGCCAGUCAGCUACACACCCUUCCAUUCUCACUAGCACUAUUCAAGCUGAAGACUUCCCUCCUCCUCAGAUACAUACGAACUCGCUCGGUGCUGCCAGCACUGCCUGGGGGAAUGGCACUUCCAUCUCUGGUGCUAUUCAGCUAAAUACAAACCUUAGUAUUUCUGUUCUAGAGGCUGGGACCAUCUCUCCUUCGCAGUCAGUGAUUGUGUUGGCAACUAGUUCGGAACUCUCCCUUCCCCUCUCUACUCUUUCUCUCAGCAGCUCCUAA